GGAAGUCCGGAACGUCUACUGCCAAGAGACUAAAGUAAGCACAACCCCUAUAAUUUUUGCAAUUUUGAAAAGAUAUAAAGGACAAGUAACUCGUUCGCUUGGCUCGUAAGUGAUCGAGGUCGUUGUAGCCGAAGUUCGUUGAAGUUGUUGUAACUGCUGUAAUGGUGGAUUUAGCAUUGAAAUAAAGUGGGAGCAUCGCUUCGGGUUCUGGUCGGGGUCGCCUUUUACUUGCUCUUUUAAUUUUUUCGGUUCACAAGUCGGUUGGGUGAGUUCAAGUGGAGUGGUGCGAAAGGUUAACUGGUAAGGGGUGCUGUUGGAGUAGAUACAAGUUGAGGCGCGAAGGAAAGGGCGACGCUAAGGACGGUUAAAGAGAGUGGAGAUAGCGUUUUUGAGAGGAAAGAGGGAGCGGGAGCGGGUUUUUAGUUAGUUGAAGGUGGUAAAGUAAAAGGUAGUUAAAUGAAGAGGAGGUGUUAUCGACAUAAGUAAAGUGGUGGGGGUCUUAAGUAGGUGAACAGACGAAAGGCACGAAGAAAAGAAGGGAAAGUUACAAGAUGAGUUGUUGACUUUUGCUCCUUCUGGGAACUUCCUCCCUCCUCGGAUCGCUGUUACGUGGGUGUGCUGGAGUCGCUGUUCAAUUAAAAGUUCUUGGUGCUGGUGUCGGUGGGCUUGAACUAAAUGCUGAAGGAGUUGUUCUUGUCUUGCCAUUAGUUUUUGUUUUGGCGGUUGAACGCGAACUGCAAAACCUCGUGAGUUCUUCGGCUAAUUCAUUUUCUAAUUGUUUGACUUUUAUGGUGGUGUGUUAAGCUAGGGGUUGCAAAAGAUGCAGCGCCACUCUGGUUAAGCUAACAGUACUGCGACCUGCUUUUCCUUCUUUUGAUUCCUGCCAAGCUCUUGAGUUUGGGUGGUUGAUGGAGAUUUCUUUUCCCAAGUUGGGCGAAUGUGGGGGUGUCGAUCUUGGUAUCGCCCGCCAUCUGGUCUCUAGGGUGGUCGAGAAUGACCAUAACAGGGGCACAUACAUACAUCUCCGGCGAGGCUACUUCCAGAAGAGACAGUCCUUUUUUUACCUUCUGGACGGUAUGAUGAAUUACAGUUUCAAAACUCAUAAGGAGUUGACCACACGAGGACCAGAUAAGAUGAACAAUGUAAAGAGGACCUUUUGUUUUCUCCUUGCUAUUAGUCUCUUGUACUCCUGCUGUACCUUCAUUCUGUACUGCUGUUUUCAACGUAUGGUUCUGUUAUUUUUGGUAUAGCCUGAAUUUGAUCAUAAGGGUUCUCUUCUCGUUUUCCCUUAUGAUCAAAUUCAGGCUUUACCAAAGACCGGGACCAUUCAUUCAAGCUAGUAGGCCACUGAAGAUGAAGAAGCCACAGCAGGCAGACGCGAU